GGAAGAUUGGUCAAAAUGGCAGCCAUUAUGAGGACGGCGGUCAAGUGUGCCGGCAGUGCUGCUGCACCUCAGAGGGUGGCUUGCGGCUCAUCUGUCAAGCAGGGGCUCCUUCGAUCCAGCAGGCAACCACAGAGGUUGCAGCAGCACAGGCAGCGCUCUGGAGCAAUCGUCCGUGCUGUUGCCACCAAAGCAGACACCUACACAAAGGUGGAGCGGGGAGAGGCCAACACCUUUGACUUCCGCAUCUUUUUGCAAGAGAAGGGCAAGGACACGUCAGCAUGGCACGAUGUGCCGCUGUAUUUGGACGGCGGCCUGGUCAGCUUUGUGUGUGAGAUCCCCAAGGAGUCCUCCGCCAAAAUGGAGUGCGCCACAGAUGAGGAGCUGACUCCCAUAAAGCAGGACACAAAGAAGGGGAAGCUGCGGCACUACCCCUACAACAUCAACUGGAAUUAUGGCAUGCUCCCCCAAACCUGGGAGGACCCCGCCCACAAGGCCCAGGAUAUCGGCGGCGUCGCGGGAGACAACGAUCCGGUGGACGUUGUUGAGAUCGGCAGCGAGGAGUGCGCGAUGGGGGGAGUGUACGCGGUCAAGCCUCUGGCGAUUCUUGCCAUGAUCGACGACGGUGAACUGGACUGGAAGAUCGCCGCUAUCCGCACGGACGACCCCAAGGCCGACCUUGUCAACGAUGUGGAGGACGUGGAGAGGGAGUUCCCCGGGGAGCUGGACAAGAUCCGGAUAUGGUUCCGCGACUACAAGAAGCCCGAUGGCAAGCCCGAGAACCAAUUCGGCUAUGAUGACACGUGGCAGAACAAGGAGUUCACUCUCAAUGUCAUCGCCGAGACCCACGGAUUCUACGCCAAGCUCAAGUCUGGCGAGCGGGAAAACACCGAGGGCCUCUCACUUGUCUGAGCGCCUUUUCUGAAACGAGUUCUGGAAGCUACCGAGCUUGAAUUGAAGGCAUGGGAAGCCGGCUGGGUUGUGGUACUACCACUGUACCGCAAUUUGGGCGCCAUGGGGUGACCCAGUAAUGUUCCUGUUGCUUCCAUGUUCAUGGCUGGUAAUGUGGAACUUGCUGGUCCUUGGGGGAAGUUUGCUGGCAGGCAAUAAACGGCGACAGUCAGGCAGGAGGGCUCGAGCACUCCUUGAGGUUCUGCAUUGGAUCAUUGUCCCCAAUAAUGCAACAUCACCACUACGGCACCUGCUCGCAUGGACAGCCUUUCGUUCAGACAAACGGAGCUUGUGCAGCAGUGAGGGCUUUCCUUGUGGGCAUCUGAUGAAUGACCAUGACUGACAUUACUGCAUGCUUCCUGAAAUGAUAAGGACUUGAUGUCAUGCCUUGAUUAACUUGCCAGCUUGGUUGAAGGUGCCAAGGUCCAGAUAUGUCAGGGCCACGGCUUGGGUUCUCUUCCGUGUGCUUGAGAGGGUCUUCUAUGAGAUAUUAAUUGUCUAGAAAUCUAGAUCAAGCUUGUUUUGCACGGGAGAACUGUUUCCCACUGUUCAAAAGUUACCAUUUUGGCUGUGC